AUGAUUGCCUACAUAUGUGUCAAGGCAUGCUUUUUUAUUUCAACACUUGAAACCUUUGACUACAAGUCUCUAUGGGUCCAGGACACACUUAAUUGGUGGAAUAGGCAGGUUUUCGGCUCCUCUGGUGAAUUGCUCACUAUUGAACCUGAGGAGGACAAGGAGUCAUCAAUUGUAGCCAUUUUGAGAGCUUGGAAGGCUUGCAAAGGGUGUAGACAGUCCUAA